AUGCAUCCUCCCACCGAGGACGUGUCGUCAUGGGCGAGGAUACGGGAGCGACGGAGAAAGGCUGAUCGGGCCGAGCCAGCUGCCUUUGUGGCUGCCACCCAUGCCAUGGUCAACGAUCCCGAGACAGACCAUGUCAUUCGCUGGAAUGAGGCUGGUACCGCCAUGGUUAUUGUUGAUCCCUCGGCUCUUCGGCGGACUCUCCUCCCGCUCUACUUUGAUCAUGCAAACUACGCCUCGUUCACCCGCCAGCUGAACAACUACGGCUUUGCCAAGAUCAACCCCUCGCAUCUCCAUCUCUACGCUCAUCCUCUCUUCCGCCGCGACGCGCCCGAGGACAUGGUCCAUAUCCGCCGCAAGUCCUCGUCCCGCAAGCUCGUUCCAGCGGUUGCCAAGCCGGACGAGGCUGCUGCUGCGCUCGCCGCCGACACCGCUGCCCUUGUUGCCCGCAUCGACGGUUUUAAGGCUGCCCAAGCGAUGCUCGCCGUCAAGCUCGAUGCCGCUCGCGCCGCCAACGCUGCUGCUGCCGCCGAACUUGCCUCUGGUCGCGUCCGCCAGGCCCAUCUCAACGGCACACUCCACGCGCUCUCGAUGCUCUUUGCGGCCGACCCGCCGCCGACCCACUCGGCAUCCCGCGAUCUCCGGCGCUCGACAUCCCGCGAUCUCCGGCGCUCGCGCUCGCGCUCUCCACCAGCCUCGCCACCGACCGCCAAGCGCCAGCGGGGUCUUGCCCUCUCACCCACUGUCUCGCCGACCAUCGACCAUCACACCACGCUCCUCGUCAUGUCCGAUGCCACCUUCUGGGACGACCUCCCCCAGCUAGACACUCGCCCGCAGGAUCGACGUCCAUAG